CGACAUUACGGAAACUACAGUCUCAGCUUUCGUAGAUGAAAUUGUAGUCCACAAAUAAACGGCAGACUAAAGACGUCGACGAAAAGGCUGCCGGUCCUAAUGUGGAGGCGGAGCAGAACUUGUGUUGAGCACGUGCCUGUGUUGCCAUGGGGUCACCCCCCUUGUUCCUGCUCCUCCUGGGCCUGACCCCUAUGCUCCGCCUGACUGUUCAUACCUUCCACACGUCGACCCCUCCCCCGGCUCCCCCUCCCUCCUGUGGGCCGGGCCAGUCCUGGGCCGUCCGGCUGCACACAGACUCCGAGCUGCUGGAGGCUGAAGGCUCCACCCUUCAUGAGCUGGCCAGCAGGGUGGCUGAGCAGGCUGGCCUGGAGAACAGGGGCCAGAUAGGGCAGCUGGAGGGCCACUACCUGCUCUGUGCCGGGCCUGAGGAGGAGGGCAGGCCGGGGGACGUGCUGGCAGCCCACCCUCAUGUGCUCUGGCACUCCCAGGAGCAGGUCCUCAGCCGCUCCAAGAGGGCAAUAGCCUUCAACGACCCCAGAUACCCAUUACAGUGGCACCUGCACAACGAUGUCAGGGAGGGCAUGGACAUCAAUGUGACUGGUGUAUGGGAGCACAACAUCACAGGGACAGGGGUGACAGUGGUGGUCGUGGAUGAUGGGGUUCAGCACACCCUCCAGGACAUUCAGCCAAACUAUAGUCCAGAGGGCAGUUAUGACUUGAACUCCAACGACCCGGACCCCAUGCCCCACCCGGACGCCCACAGUGGCAACCACCAUGGCACGCGCUGCGCUGGGGAGAUUGCUGCUGUCUCCAACAACAGCUUCUGCGCUGUGGGCGUGGCCUAUGGCAGUAAAGUGGCAGGUAUCAGAGUCCUGGAUGGGCCGCUCACAGACAGUAUGGAGGCGGUGGCUUUCAACAAGCACUACCAGAUCAACGACGUCUACAGCUGCAGUUGGGGUCCUGACGAUGAUGGCCGCACUGUCGAUGGACCACACCCCUUGGGCAAGGCGGCGCUGCAGCACGGAGUGAUUGCUGGCAGACGGGGCUUCGGCAGUAUCUUUGUCGUCGCCAGUGGCAAUGGGGGCCUGUACGAGGACAACUGCAACUACGAUGGCUAUGCUAACUCAAUCUACACUGUUACCAUUGGAGCAGUAAAUGAGGAAGGGAAGAUGCCCUUCUAUGCUGAGGAGUGUGCCUCCAUGCUGGCUGUCACCUUCAGCAGUGGGGGCAGAACACUGCGUAGUAUUGUGACGUCAGACUGGUCACUGCAACAGGGCACGGGCUGUACUGACGGGCACACGGGCACCUCGGCGGCGGCACCCCUGGCGGCUGGCAUGGUGGCUCUGAUGCUGCAGGUCCGGCCCUGUCUCACCUGGAGAGACGUGCAGCACAUCAUCACCUACACAGCCACACAGUGUGAUGUGCAAGGGGACUGGAAAAUCAAUGGAGCGGGCUUCCACCACAGUCACCAGCACGGCUUCGGCCUGCUCAACGCCUGGCGGCUGGUCAACGCUGCCAAGGUGUGGGAGAUGGUGCCAUUCCUAGUGUCCUAUCAGAGCCCAGUGCUGAAGGAGGAGGCUCUUGUCCCAGCCUAUCCAGAGCAACUCAACCUAACCUGGAACGUCACUGCAGCUGACCUCAGGCAGUCAGGGAUGCAGACCUUGGAGCACGUGUCUGUCACCUUGACGCUGGUCCAUUCUCGCCGCGGCAGCGUGGAGAUUGUGCUGCUCUGCCCCAGUGGAAUGACCUCACUCAUCGGGGCGCGCCGUGCUCUGGACACGGAUACCUCGGGUUACUCAGACUGGACGUUCUCCACUGUGCGCUGCUGGGGAGAGGGAGCCGAGGGCCAGUACAGGCUGCAAGUCUCUGACCACAGUAAGGAAGAGCCUGCGUGGCCCCUGGGCUCUCUGAAGCACUGGAAGCUCACUCUGUACGGCUCCUCUCUGUCCUUCGAAGAGGUCAAGGAGAGACAGAGUGUGGUGGAGGAGGCUAUGGGGGGGCAGUAUCUGGACAGCAGUUUCUCCCUGCCCUGUCCUGCAGGCAUGGACAUCCCCCCUGAGACGGUCAGCCCGUUCACAUCCAGCAGCCUCAAGUCUCUGCUACUGCUGGGCUGCUUCGCUCUUUUCUGGUCCCUGUACUACACCCUGGAGGUGACCCUGGCCAACCUGGACUUUAGAGGGCUGUGUUGGUGGGACAGAGGGACGCGGGGCUCCCACAGGGUGCUGGAGAUGCUCUGAGCUGGAGAGAACUGUGUGUUGGACUAAUCACUGGAGACGCUGCCACAUAACACUGGAGAAAACCUCUUCCCUCUACGACCUCCCACCCGCCGUUCAUCAGUCUAGGCCUGCUGUGAACCCAGGGGGGCAAACUGGACUGGACUGGAGACUGAGCUAUGUGGGCUGGAACUGUGAUCUCACUGGCCCACCCAUCGCUCCCCAAGCCUGUGGCCUUAUAUCAGCGUUGCAGAGCCCCAAGCCUGUGGCCUUAUAUCAGCGUUGCAGAGCCCCAAGCCUGUGGCCUUUUAUCAGUGUUGCAGAGCCCCAGGCCUGUGGCCUUAUAUCAGCGUUGCAGAGCCCCAAGCCUGUGGCCUUUUUAUCAGCGUUGCAGAGACCCAAGCCUGUGGCCUUUUAUCAGUGUUGCAGAGCCCCAGGCCUGUGGCCUUUUAUCAGCGUUGCAGAGCCCCAAGCCUGUGGCCUUAUAUCAGCGUUGUAGAGCCCCAGGCCUGUGGCCUUUUAUCAGUGUUGCAGAGCCCCAGGCCUGUGGCCUUAUAUCAGCAUUGCAGAACCCCAAGCCUGUGGCCUUUUUAUCAGCGUUGCAGAGCCCCAAGCCUGUGGCCUUUUAUCAGCGUUGCAGAGCCCCAAGCCUGUGGCCUUUUAUCAGCGUUGCAGAGCCCCAAGCCUGUGGCCUUUUUAUCAGCGUUGCAGAGCCCCAAGCCUGUGGCCUUUUAUCAGCGUUGCAGAGCCCCAGGCCUGUGGCCUUUUAUCAGCGUUGCAGAGCCCCAAGCCUGUGGCCUUUUAUCAGCGUUGCAGAGCCCCAAGCGUAUGUGAGUAAGUGUACUGCGGGGGAGCAACCUAAACCCUCUGGAUCUCUCAGGACCCUCCGGCACCUAGCAGUGCUAUAGAGUUGGUAGUUUGGCCUGGUCUUUGGGUUGAAGUGUGUAUGACUAAUUUGGUUCAGUCACUUACCUGGGUCUUUUACUGUGGGAUUAGACGGCAUGCUGGACAACCAGACAGAGCAGCACUCCUGGGGUGGUUUCCUGGACAAUGAUUAUCCUGGACUAAAAAGCAAGAUCAAUUACGAAUAUCCGUUGGAAAUGCUUUUUAGCCCAGGAUUAGGUUAUAGUCUGGGUCCGUAACCAGCCCUUGAAGUUUAAGUCAGUCUUCCAAAGUUUAUUAGGUGUGCACCAUGGGAAGGCAUUACAAUGCUGUGCGUGUGAAUGUGUUUUAAGAUGUAAAUGGUGUUUGGUUUUGGGGAUGUGUGACGGUGUGUGAGUGAUGGAAUGCUCUUGAGAUUAUGGCUGCUUUUUAAAUUAUUUAUUUGAUUAAUAGGAUUUGUUCAAAUGUUUGCAUUGUAAUUUCAGGAAGUGUCUAAUACUGUGUACGAAACAUGAAACUUUGUCAGGGUAUGGACUCUACAAGGUGUCAAGCAUUCCACAGGGAUAAUGUUCCAUGUUGACUCAAAUGAUUCCCACAAUUGUCAAUUUGACCGGGUGACCUUUGGAUGUUAGACCAAGUUGCUUUUGGUUUUGGUCCAACAGCUUCAAACAGCUGUAAAAAAAUAUAUAUAUUUUUUAUUUUUUAUUUUUUUUCAAUAUAUUUUAUAUUAGCUCAGUCUCCAGUCCAGUCCAUGCCGUCUAUAUAUAUAUAUAUAUAUAUAUAUAUAUAAUAUUGCAACGAUUUUAGAUGGUACAAUGAUUACUGACACUAUUCUGUGCUUGUUUUCUCGCAAACUGAAAUUGAGCGAACAGUGUAGAAUUUUUGCAACUAGGAAAUUAAUAAUUUCCACGAGAUAACACAGCCACGAAUUCAGAACAGCUUUCCCAUUUUGACAACAGAUUACGUUCCGGUGGGAGAAAUCAGUAUGCAAAUAUCGCAGCCAAUCCCAACAUUAGCGGCUAAGUGAUACUGUGAAACACUUUCAUUCCACUAUUAGCGCCAGAUAUAUUAUGGACAUUUUUCUGAAAUUACAAUGCAUAAAUUCAAAGAAAUCCUAUGUGUAGCAGCUUUAAAGCUACAAUAUGUAAGUUUUGGGUGACCGGACCAAGUUCGUAUAGAAAUGUGAGAUCAUUCAUUCCUGUCUAAGAAGCGGUAGAUUUGUUCUAUGUGUGUUAUUUCUAUGCUUCCCGUUCCAAAGUUUUUGCUUAUUUUACUUUCGGUUUUGUACACUAACUUUAAACAGCUGAAUAUACAAUAUUUUUUAUUAUGGAAAAUAUAUUUCAAAGCGGUUUAGAUGGUACGGUGGUUCUCUACACAAUGACUGCUUGUUUUGUCACAAACUGAAAUUACGCGAACUAUUCGUAUUUUAGCAACCAGGAAACGAUGGAGCGAUUUCUGUGCAUCUUUUAAGUUAAUUAUUUGUAAACAGACCUCCUGUUUGGAAUGUUAUUUUGUGCAGACUGUAUACAUUUUUCCAGUACUUGAACUUGAUUUGGGAUCUGAGUGUGGGGUUGAAUGUGUUUUUAAUUUUUUUUUUUAUCAACUGUAAUAUGUGUGUGUUGUACAUCUAUAUAUCAGAGUUUGAUGAUUUUUAUGAACUGAAACAUAUUAAAGAUUUUAUUUUUAUUUACUGAACUGGAAGCCGGUGUUUUGCUGUGCAAGUCACCGCUUGACUGAGUAAAAUUAAUAAAGAUUCUUGAUGGAA